UCAGUUUGUUCCUAAUGUUUCUAACUAUUGCUCUCAACUGGUCACUAGUGGACUGGAUGGUAACGUCCUUUUUUGGGACAUGAGACCCCUAAGCAGCAAGAAGUACACUCAGAAUAAGUCCCAACCAACCAGUGACCCUGACUCACCCUAUCACUACUUGCACUUGAUAUGGAAACCAUUUUAUAAGGUUCCAUUACCAAGGUCUAGUAACCCCGGCUCAUUCACAAUCACUUCUCUGAGUAUAAAGGAGAGACUAGGACCACGGGCUACCAAGCAGCAGGCACAGACUCAUGAUAGAGGAGGGGGAGAGGAAGGGACAGGCUCAUCAGCUCCUCUUCCUUACCAACUAUCAAUCAAUACUGCUGGACUACCUCUUGAUGAUACCUCACCACAUUUCUGCAUUGGGUCUGAAGAUGGAGAGCUAGUUUUUGUCAAUUGGUUGCCAAGGAAGGAUCCUGAGAGUGGAAAGAUAGCAUGUGAGUCACAAUAUUAAUACAAUGACAGUAUCUCAUUACUGUCACAAUAUUAAUA